AUGGCCACCAGAGAGUAUCUGCACCAGCCAAUGGAUAUCACUGGUGCAGAGUCCUGUCAUACUCUUCUGACCACUGGUACAAGUGCACCCUCUGUUCCCUACAUUGACAAGUUGCAGGAUGCCAUCAUCCAAAAUGUGAGUGCAAAAAUUGUCAGCCUUGUUCAAGGUGCCCUCCAUGAGCCCAGUGCCACUCAUACAAUACAAAGACCAAGCAGACUCCUCCAGGUGUCGCUGAAGAAGGUCCCCACCAAACCAAUUGAUUUUAAGAGGCCUGCUUGUCAGCAGGGCAUCAACAACCUUUGGGAGUUACUAGAGCCUGCUGCAAAAACAGUGCCCAUUACCUCACUUGUCCUCCAGGACCGCUAUGUGGGACCUGCUCCUCACUUGCCCUAUGUUGUAGGAGUUGAUGCAAGUGGGUGGUUUGAACAGUGCCAGUGUUAA